AUGCUUCAAAACUUAUGUGACAAUCUGCAGCGCCAUUUUGGCAUUCAACAACCCACGAUAGCCCAGUCGCAAUUUAUCCCUGCCAUCCAAUCGGGUCGCGAUCUGCUGAUACGUGAUCAAACCGGCACAGGCAAAACAUUUGGCAUUGCGAUUGCUUUGGCUUCCAAAAUAGUGCACGCUAACGAUCAGAAUGAUCACAGUGACCUCUUACGAACUCUGUAUAUUGUGCCCAACUACGAACUCGCUGCACAAAUUGGCUACUGGAUCCGACUGUUGUCCGGCUUUUCUAAUACGCACCGCCUAGUACAAGCAAAUACAUGCGUUCCUGCGCAUACGUUGAUUAGCACACCGGCACGAUUGCUCGAGUCGCUGGACACAAUACCUUUUAGCAAUCUGAAUUGUAUUGUCCUCGAAGAGGCAGAUCAAGCUUUACGCCUACCAGCACGCUACGCACCACUCAAAAAGCAAAAGAAACGUGCAUCGAAUCCAAAGCCAACGCAGAUGCUUGUCAGUCAGUUGCUACAAGAACUACCCACGAAACCUCAAGUCGUCGCAGCAUCAGCCACGUUAAACCGCCCUUUACGGCAUUGGAUGACAAUGCAAGGCUGGAUCCGUAAGCCUGUUUAUAUCGAUGUAACAAAAAACGUCGAAGCUUUGAAUGGGCGAACGCAACAUUAUUGUCUGUUCGUCUCGGGUGGCGAAAUCCGCAAUAUAGGGUCAUUUUACGGCACGGAUAUAGACGAUAACAGUAGUGGUAACGACGAGCAGUUGACAGAUGGAGAUGAUAACCACCACCAAAGCAACAGCCAGGCAGCAUUACUAGAAAGCAUAGCUGUACUUCAUGAAAUUGAAAAUGUCCAUAAUGCCGUGCUAUUUGUGGACACAUCAGUUAGUACUUCAGAUGUGGCAAGGCAGUUGGCAGAGUAUGGUUUAAGAGCCCACGAUAUCCGAGACUAUGAUCAAGAAAAGGACAACAUCAUCGACAGCAGUAACCAAGGCGAUAAUAAAACGCCGUUGUGGAUCGGUACUGAAUUUUCGGCGCGUGGCAUGGAUAUUGCCAAUGUCUCCCAUGUUUUCAUUCUCGGUGAGCCAUCUUCGGUGGGUGGCUAUGUGCACAUGGCUGGACGAACAGGUCGACUGUCUCCUCAGGGAAUCCAAGGAGGCAAAGUAAUUACACUGGUUGAGGAUAGAGGUCGCGCAGAAACAAGAAUGUCAAAUAUGUACAAGAUGCUUAAUGCACAAGUUGGACGCUAUGAGCAUGUUCAAUAA